UUAUUCGCACUCGCUUGGAAGUUGCCGUGACCCGGAGCGCCAUGCCUCACCUCGCGCCGAUCUAAACGAACACCCUCCUGUUUUGUAUUAAGUUUGUUGUUAUACUCUGAACCAGUGAAGUGCUGUGAGUGACCAUGGCUCGUUUGACAGAGGAGAUGGUGAUAGCGCGUUCCAAGCAGUCGGAUUUGUCAUCUAUAAAGAAGUUGAACUGCUGGGGUGCGGAGUUGGGCGACGUCAGUCUCCUGCGGCGGAUGCCAAACGUCGAGGUGCUAGCUUUCAGCAUAAACAAGAUCCGCAGCCUACAGGACUUCGCCGGUUGCCGAUUGCUACGGGAACUAUACGUCCGCAAGAACGAGAUCAAAGACCUGCGGGAGAUCAGACAUCUGCGGCAUCUUCCAGCACUCACCUCGCUCUGGCUCGAUGAGAACCCCUGCACACACCACCCACAGUAUCGACUAACAGUGCUCCGUAACUUGCCGCGGCUAGAAAAGCUCGACAAUGUCGCCGUGCAACAAGAGGAGCUGGAAGAGGCGCAGCGCCGAGGUUCGCUCAUUGAUUCAGAUGAUGAAGGAUAUCCACAACAACAGGAAGCUUACGCGGAGAGCGUGCGGAGCGGCGGCAGCGCGCGCCGCGCCGCCCGCGCGCGCUCCAGCGACUCCAGCCCCGAGCGCGACUACGGCCGCCCCGAGCCCGCCUGCCGGGACCACCGCCCCGAGCCCGCCUGCCGGGACCACCGCCCCGAGCCCGCCUGCCGGGACCACCGCCCCGAGCCCGCCUGCCGGGACCAUCGCCCCGAGCCCGAGCCUUACCGGGACCAUCAGAGACACGACCAAGGCAGCGACAGCUCGGAGGGCGCCGCGCCCGAGCCCGAGCCCCGGCCCGACCGGCAGGACCUGCAGGAGUACGCGUACGCGAUGAACGGAGAGUGCAGGCUCGGCGUGACGUCCCCGCACGAACAGUACUGCGAGCGUGGCGAUAACAGAUCAGAAUACACACCCAGCACCGUGGGGCGAGGUGACUGGGAGCGCGAGCGAGACAGGGAGUUCCCGCGCGAGCGAGAUGCACAUAGUGCAGGGUUCCCUUCCGCUGUCAUGGGAGAACAUCGCGGUUUCACCCGCCGGCCUGUCACACGGAACUCGAACCUGUUAUCGGCCGUGCUGUGCCUGGUGAAAGAGCUGGACUAUCCGUCGUUAGAGGUCGCCGAGAUGGCCGUCAGAUGCCGCAUGGACGAGCUGGCCAACAGCCAGUGACCCGCCGCUGCGGGGCCAGGGUAGCACUGUCAGCCUGAUACUAGCACCGUCGUGCAAUGCUAAGCAAACAGGACCAAGACAAUCUAACAAAAUGAUCAAAAGCAUAAUGACGCAUAUGAAACAAUCUUACGUUACACGUAUUUUUGUGAUAAUUUGAUUACAUUAAAUGACAUAAGAAUAAUUCCACACUGCAUGCGAAAUUACUAAACGAGAUAAAUAUAACAGAUAGUUUCAAAAAUUCGUUAUGCUUUUAGUCACCUUUUAGUUUAGCACGGCACAGCGAGACAUAGGUGGCUGAUAUUACCAGGAUUCUACUUCCAGACUACACUGUCCCUGGCGACGAGCACCGACUAGUCACUACAAACAUGUGAAGUGAUGUAUAAAGUGCAGAGAAAACUGCAAUUAUUGUGAGUGUGAAGUAGGUUGUGAUCUAAUGUAUGUACAUGUAUUAUUGAAGAAGACGAACUAACAACAAGAGUGGGAUGACGCAUGUGCCGUCGGAAUGUUCCAAAAUUGCGAAAUUUCCACAUUUCGGAAAUUUCUCAUCUUUCUGUACGGGAAUCGCAAUUUUUCUUUUCCAAAUUGAAAGUUUCCAUUGUUUCCUGGCAAAAUGUUCCUUUUUGUAAACUUCCUGCAACUUGCACAUGUGUAAAUAGAACUGUAGGUAUUAAAGAAUGAUAAACCAAAUGUGAGAACUGAGAAACACCGCAGAUACAUCUGAAAUUCCAGUCUGAAUGUCUAUUAGUUGGUGGCUAAAACUAUCUGCACAAAUGAGAAUUAAGUGAAAUCCAACCAAUGCAGGUAAUUUAAGGCUGACUGUACCUACGUAUUGAUAACUUUGAUAAGAUGUCACAUGAACACAAUUGGGAUAUGAUCCCAAUACCCAUUCUGGGUAUCUUGAUUCAACAAAACCAGCGCAAAUAAUGUGAAUGACCGUCGUAUCCAUGUGUGUGCGUCAAAACAUUCCUACCAUUACUACGACUAGUACGACUACAGUGUUUUUUUUUUUAAUUACCGGCAAUAUUUUGCGAUACGAAUAUACACCGUGGGCUGGUAAGACCCGACAGAUUUUAACCACGCAUUACGAGCAAAAAAAAUUAUUUGAUUUUUGGUCAAUCUCGGCAAAAAAUAUUUUUACUUCUUGGCGAAAAAAAAACAUUACAAGGAAUAAGUAAGUAAGUUUUAUUGCGAGUUUCCUUUAAAACUUUACUGUCUGUACUGACGGUAUGUCUAAAACCAAGCCACAUAGUGGAAGCGUCGCAGCCAAAAAGGCGUUCUUCACUGAGUUAUUACAGAAACAAAUUUUCACAAGAAUUCUCACUAUCUCUAUAACAAGACCUAUUUUCGGUGCGGUCAAGAAUACAACUUUAAAAUCUUAAAGCCCACGGUGUAUAAGUCAUAACGAACAACUUUUACUAUGGAACCAU